AUGCAAUUUACAGAAACUCUACUGUCUUCAGAUGAUGCAAGUUUUGAGCGUCUGUUGUUCGAUGAAGUUAGAACACAGGCUCUUGAAGUAUGUACUCCUCAAGUUUUCAAACCUUCGGAAAAUAUAUCAACCGAACCAUUUGGUGAGAGUGACUUCGAGUCAAGCAAAUCAGAAUACGCUGCCUUAGAACGGACAUUGUUUCGUAGUUUUGAAUUAUUCAUUGCUGGGAGGGAAUUCAUCAAAACUCAGGAUGCGGGUGAAUGUGCCGAUCAACUUGAAGCUUACUUGCAAUCUGUAGCUCCGAGUGAACAGGGUAUAUGUGGUCGAAUAUUUCAAGCCAAUGAACCAACCUAUUGUUGCAGGGAUUGUGCAAUUGACUCAACCUGUGUGUUAUGCAGGAGCUGUUUCUUCAACAGUGCUCACAUUAAACACAAUUAUAAAAUAAGCACAUCCAUUGGUGUUGGCUAUUGUGAUUGCGGAGAUCCUGAAGCUUGGCGUUCAGAUGCUUGGUGUAAACUUCACAAAAACACAUCAAAAUGUGAAGGAGCUGAAGAGAACAACUUAUCCAAACUUACUGAUACUGAAAAUACAGAUGUAAAGUUACGAGCUGAACUUGAAAAUCUCCGUCGACGAAUUAAUGGUCUUCCAAGUGAUAUUGUUAUGCGUACAGGGAAAUUAUUAAAACCUUUAAUAAAGAGUGCGAUUCUUUGUCUUACUGAUUUAAUUCAAGGCACACCUCGUCUAUCAACUGAACCCUUGAGUAGUCGACUGCAUCAGGAAAAAUGUCCAUUAAGUGAAAACGGUGAUGAAAAACAGAUGACUGUUGAUUUAUGGUCGACAGAUGACGGUGUGGUUGAUUAUAAGAUGGAUAAUGAGAACUCAUGGGAUAAUUGGCCACCUCCUUUAUCGCAUAUCCCACUUGUCUCACCUAGUGAAGAUGCUGCAAAGCUAGGGCAGGACGCCUGGCCAAGAACUGCUCCUAAACGUCGUUCUGCUGUGGAUGUAGAGGCCAGAUGUUUAGCUCAGUUAGAACGAGCUAGAAAGUAUCAUCCUAGAUUAUUUCCUCCACGACCUAUGCGUACAGCUUCUGAGCGAACCGCAGCUUCUCGAUCAUUUUUAGUUUUACUUUACAACAAUGAAUAUCACAAUUACGAGCAGGUUAUCAAAACGUUAAGACGUGUGCUGGAUUGUACAACUCAGCAGGGUACACAUUAUGCGGUGCUUGUUAAUUGUGAUGGCCGUGCAGUUCUUCAAACAAACCUCACCGCUUCACAAGCAUCUAAUUUGGCAUCAAUUCUGAUGCGUACAUCUACAAGUUUAUCUACACGUCCAAUAAAUUGUGCAGCUCAACAUACGGAUGUUUAUUCAAUGGAAGUAUUUUUCACAUUAUUUAUUCGUUGGUUACGUCGUUUCUGUGAUCAAGUACCUAGUUUACGACCGAUUAUUUGUCAUGCUAUCUUGGGUCAUCUACCAGCUGAUAAAAAUGGUAUCGAUGUUAGUGAAUCAAGUCAAUCAAAUGAUAUAUUGCCAAUAUUACUCCCCGGGGAAAUUGUUGAACAAGAUUCAUUUUUAAGUCAUAUAUUGGAACGUCAUAGUUUAACAUGGAGAUCUGUUCGACAAGAAAUGUUACGUCUUAUUAUGAGUGUACUCCUGAAAGAUAAUUUUUAUCGAUGUGUAUUUGCAAUUAAAUUUACCAGAUCCUAUUCAUCGUUAAUUCAAAAUCAUAUUUAUGAUGAUCAUUUAGUUGGAGACAGUUUAUGUGGUCUAAGUUGUCAAUUUUACACUGUUAUCAGUUUGGCACGUCAACUUUUAGAGCAGAACAAUAUUUUGACACGAUUAAUUUCUCGAUUAACUAAUGCAUUUCAAGUUAAUUCAAUUGUUUUACCUGAUUUUUAUUCACAAACAAAUAAUCAAAAUAUACCUGCCGAUAUACAAGAAGAAUUAGCUAUAUCUAAUUUCAAUGCUGACACAAAUGUAUCAUGGGUUAGUGCUGUUCUUGACCUACUUAGACGUUUGAAUCCAUUCGAAUGGGGUUCAUCAGCUGGAUCUCAUAUGAACAAUCUUACAAUAUCAUCAACUAAUAUGAAUCCAAUAAAUUGUGUCCUUCCAGAACCGCGUAUUUUAUCAUGGCAAGCUGGUAAUACACUUGCUCGUUCAUUAUUUCAUCCAUUCGAACGAUUAUUUCAUGUUAUACGUGAUGUGGACUAUAUUCUGGCAAGCUUAACUAAUGUUCGACCUAUUGUUAUAGAUAAUGAUGGCAAUUGUUCAAUUACUUGGUGGACGGAAGCUGCAAGAUCUGCUUAUCUUGAUUAUAUAAGACAAUUUUUAUCAUUGCUUAGUUUUAUACAAGAUAUGAAUGGUAUGCAACGUGAAACACAAAAUCAUGUUGAAGAAGAAUUAGAAUGGGCUAGUGGAUUUUAUAUCAUGAGUUUAUUAGUUAGUCUACUUGGCCUAACUGUCCAAGUGGCGAGUUCAGAUUAUGAACUUUACAAUGUGGUAUUACGUGAAGUUCGCCAGGUCUUUGAAACACGUAUUGGUAUAAUGGAUCGUCGUUUUCGUAUUAAACCGUUAACAAUAGAUCUUAAACUUGAUAACAAUGAUGAAUCUAAUCAAGCUAAUAACAAUGUCAUGUCGAAUAAAUUAAAUUUCCAUUCACUUGGUGUCACAACGGAAGUGUAUGUGUAUGAUGUAUCAGUGUAUCGUUUAAGUUUAUUACAACCGAUUCCCCGAUUAUUGGCAAGUUUGUAUGGACAUGGAUUAGAAAUGGGAUUGAAUUUUGAAAGCUUGGGUUUAUUAGAUCAGGGAUUUGUAAAUCUAUUGAUUGAAAGACCGUUGCAAAUAUUUGCAUUUUGUGCUCAAUGCAAUGCUAAAAUGUGGGUUCGUAAUGGAUUCGCUGUUCAACAAUCUAUGACGAAUCUAUUCAGUCCAUCAAUACGUGUUGAAUUAGUUGAUCGUGAUCUACAAUUAUUACAAAUUGCUAGUUGUGUUCUACCACCGGAUGAAUUUAUUGUUCGUUUAAUACACAAAUUUCAUUUGGGUAAUUAUUUAAAGACCGAUGUCUCAUCUAAAGAACCUGGUCUUGGUCGUGUACAUGCAGUGGAAAUGUUGUUACGCGUAAUAUUGGCAUGUGUUUCUAAUCGUUCAUGUCCUUCAAUGGGUUAUUUUACCAAAGACUACUACAUGAUGAACGAUUCUAAUAAUAAACUGUUGAGUUGUUUGGAUGAUAUCCUGAUUGAUACUGAAUCGGAAAUUUACUAUCCGAGCCUAAUUAAUGAUGUGAUACAUACAUUAUGCCUGAAACCUUUAAGUUAUAGUGAAUUAUUAUCCGUUCUUCCAUAUCAAAAUGCAAAUAGUUUAUUGUUAAGAAUUCCAACGGAACAAUCGGAUUCAACACAUCAUCAAUCAGAUCAAUCAGACCAUGAAAUGAGCACAGAAGAAAUACAACAAUCGUCAACAACAUGUUCUAUAGAUUUGGGCUCCAGACCACCAGUUUUACCAGCUUCAAUAUCAAGAAGUGCUAAUAAACGUGCUAUAGAAAACGCAUUACCUAAAAUAUUACGUAAACUAGCCGUACAAUCAUCGGUGAAUAACCGUACAGUGUUCAGUAUACGACCAGAAUAUAUGGCAUAUCGAUUUAAUCGAUUUUAUUGGGGAUAUAGACAUCCGGAACAAACAGCUGCUGAAGCAAAUGUUUCUAAAUGUUUAAAGAAAUGGAUUCAAGAACAAAAUAAUAUCGAUUUAAAAAAUCUUCCAAUACCACCACCGGCUCCUCGUCCUUUACACAAAUUUACACCAUCUGUUUAUCCUGGUCCAUUACAUAUUAUUCAAUGUGUUACAUUUGUACGUUUAAUUAAAACAUUAUUAGAUAUUGCCUAUUCUCAUGGAACAUCAGCCUCAUGGUGGUCACAUAGUCUACUAGAUUUGUUACUACAUUUGAUUACUGUUGCACUGUAUGAAGAUGAAUUAAGUGGGCGUAAAACUGGUUCAUAUCCGUUUUUGAUAGCCGUUACCCGUGUCCCAGAACAUAGUGAAUCUGAUUCUGAAUUAAAAGAGCUUGCACGUUCCGGGCAUUGGUUACAGUCAACCACAAUCGAUAAAUCUGUUUUGUUCACACUUUUAAACAAUAAUUGUAUAACUUCUCGAUUGGUACGCAUAUUGAAUUCUACAUAUCACGAUGAUCAUUCAGAUUUGAUUAGAUGGACUUUGGAUUAUUGGAAUAAAGUUGUACAAAGUAUGACAGGUGAACAACAGUUUGUUCAUAAUCCUUCGUCUGAAUUUGGUGAAGUAAAGAAGGAACCUUCAUCUUAUCAGUUGUCAAGUGCACUAGUCAAACAAGAUCGUGCAGAAAAAGCGCGAGCUCGACGUGCACGAAUUAUGGCACGUAUGUCAAAUAUGCAAAGAAAUUUUAUGGAUUCCUUAUCACAGAAUGAGGCAACUACAAAUGAAGCUGAAUUAAUGGAUAUUGAUUCUCUUGAAGUGAUGAACGAUACUGUUAAUCAGUCAUCAAUAACACAACCUGAAUCAAUCAUUUCAACUGUAGUACAACAAUGUGCACUUGGUCCAACAAGAUCUUUAGGUGGUGCUGCUUUCAUUAUAUCAGAUUCAUCAGUUUCACGAGGAAUGGAUAGUUCAAGUCUACAAAAUAAUGAAUUAGUAACUUGUAAUUUAUGCUUGGAAGAAGUAACAGAACAUGCAUCGAAUCGAAUGGUUAUGGCUGCGCAUGUUUGCCGAUCUUCUGUACUAUCUUCACGUGGUAUCGGGUGGUUAGAAGGUCCUGUCACAAUGUCUGUCGUUGAGCGUUUAUGUGUUGAAAAUGAAAUGAUUGGUUCCGAAUCCUCAACAGUUGUUGGUAACCAUCCAGUGCAUUAUGAUAAACUAUUUCCUGCUAACAAAAUUCAUAAUGAUGACAAUCAGCUUAUUCCUUUUCUGGCAUCAGUAUCGACAACAGCUGCGGCUAAAUGUGCCGGUUCUUCAAGAAUGGGGCUUCGAAUUAUUCCUGAAUUAUUAUCUGGUAUACGAUGUCUAGAGCUACGAAAGGAUACUUCUAUGUCAAUUGAUUUCACAAAUAAAAAUGCUCUUGGUCCUGGCUUAAUUGAUCAAUUACUUGAUAGUUAUGGUCUAUCAUCAGAUCAAGAUAUCAAUCAUUCAUUUAUAUUAGAUCCUUGGCAUCCGCGACCUUUAGUUUCUAGUCGUGAUCCAAUUUCAGAGGAAGGAUCAUUUUUCACUUUUUGUUCACAUCCCAUGCAUGCUGCAUGUAAAACAAAAUAUGCAAGACAGAUAAAAGGUCGAGUGGAUCAUCUAAAUCGCAGUCGUAAUUCAUCAAUGGUGGUAUUUGAAUUUCGUUGUCCAUUAUGUAAAUGUAUAUCUACAUUGGAUUUACCAAUGUUAGGUCCAAUUUAUUUAGAUCUUCCUAUUGAAUGGUUAAAAUCAAGAUUAUUAUCUUCGAAUGAUGAACAUUUAAAUCGAUCCCGGUCUGUCGUUUCUGUUACCAACACUAAUACUUCUACUAUUACUGCUGAUAAUAAUAAUAAUUUUCAACCAUUAAGUUCUUGGCUACGUAAUCUUUCACGUUGGUUAGAUAUGUCGUCAGAUAUAAAUGAUUUUAUUUUGGGUCCAUUAUUCCCAUCUACAUCAAUUGCUGAUCGUUUACAAAAUGCGUCAACUACUGUAAACUCAACAUUAGAAGAUUAUACAUUUUGGAAUUUUGGAAAUAUUAUCUCAUCAGAUACAAGUGUAAAUUAUUCUUGUCCUUCUACUUCUUCUCCAUCAACAUCACCGUCAUCAUCAUCAUUAUCAGUUGAUAUGGAUAUUGAUAAUAAUCCACCGAGUGCAAAACUUCUAGCAUUCAGUGAAAACUAUGAACUUGCUUCAAAAUUAAUUAACUCUAUAGUGAAACGAAUAAAAUAUAGUUUAAUUGUCCAAGAUAAUGAAAAUGAUAAUUAUAAUAAUGAAACGGGUAAUAAUAAGAAAAAUUCAAAAGUUACUUCGAAAACUACUGAUUGCGGAGUUAGUAGCAGUGGAAGCAGUAGUUUAAAUCCAUUAAGUCGACAAUUUUGGACAUCUAGACGCUUUUCCAGACGUUCUACUUCAGAUAAUGACAAUACCACGAUGAACUCAUCUAAUUCCAGAAGCAAUAAUAAUAAUAAUAAUGCUAAAGUUAGUGGAAACACUUUAAGGAACCUUUUACCGCCACAAUCUUCAUCUCUUUUAGUUUCCACAAAUUUAUUUACGCUAGUUCAACGAUUGGCUAGUUUAUGUCAACCGAAAUCACUGGAUACACUUGUACAACGUCCAAGUGGUCGACGCGCUGCUGCUGCUGCUGCUGAGGUAGUUGGUAAGUUCACUAGUGAUAUUACAUUUUUAUAA